AUUUUCACAUUCAUUUCUUAAAGGGAAAACAAAUCAAUCAAAGGCAUUUAGCCGGAGAGAAAUACGCGGAAAAAUAUAAUCUCUUUGCAUCCAUGCAAUCAAUAUCUAUAGCUGCUUUUAUUUCUCCAUUUUAAAUAGACUCCGAUCAAGAAAAAGAAAUAGACAGUACGAGCCAAUUUCGGCUCUGAAAUGUAUAUGAAAUCUUCGCUUCUUCUUCACAUGUUCGUUGCUGUCGUUCAAGAAAGGGAGUGGGAAAAGGAGAGAUAAAACAACUUUCCUCAUCUGGGUUUGAAUCAAAAUCAAAAACCCAUUUGCUUGAUUACAACAAGGUCGAGUUUUUUUAGUUUUUUCUUUUCUUUUUUGCAGGUGAGCUUCAAUGGUGACCAAGAUAAUGGAGCCUUUUAAAAACAAAAACAACCAAAUCGAAGUUGAGUUCGCUGAGUGCGAUUGUUGUGGGCUAACGGAGGAGUGUACGCCGGCAUACAUUGCUCGUGUACGUGAAAAAUUCGAAGGGCGAUGGCUUUGUGGGCUUUGUUCAGAGGCGGUGAAAGAUGAGAGGAUUAGGUCGUCGUCGCCGGAAGAUAUUAUUACGAUCAACGAAGCGUUGGUUCGACACAUGAAGUUCUGUGAACAGUUUAAGUCGUCGAGUCCGCCUGUAAAUCCUACUGAAGAUUUGAUCGCUGCGAUGAGACAUCUGAUUUUAAGAAGUUUGGAUUCUCCGAGAAAGAACAACAACGGGUCGUCGUCGUUUGUCCGAUCCAAAACUUGUUUUUCCAGGUUUCCGGAUGGUGAAAGUUAAGAAGGAGGUUUCAGGUUCUGUCUAUGUAAGUUGAAAUAAUAUUUGUGCUUUCAAUAAGUUCUAUGGCAAAUGUUUUUCUUUAACAUUGAUAUUCUCCUCGUAUUUGUUUUUUUAAUAAAAUUAGUACGUUUUAACA